AAAGUGCACCGUCAAAGAGGUAGGAGCUGCGGAGUUCUCUGCUGUGGACAACUAAUCUAUUUAGGGGGUCAGAUCUGUGACAGUCCGAGUGACUCCGAGCAAUGUUCCUGCUGGGGGUUGACUAUCUGUCGGUGUUGGCCACCGCUCUCACCUCUCUGCUGUCUGUGCUGCUGCUGCUCGCUGUAUCGCGACAGCUAUGGACUCUGGGCUGGAAUGUGACCAGAGACCGGGGCAACAAACUACCGCUGCCCAAAGGCUCAAUGGGUUGGCCACUGCUCGGGGAGACGCUUCACUGGCUGGUACAGGGCUCUAAUUUCCACGCUUCCAGGAGAGAAAAGUAUGGAAAUGUCUUUAAGACGCAUCUUUUAGGUAAACCGGUGAUCCGAGUGACAGGUGCUGAGAAUAUCCGGAAAAUCCUGAUGGGGGAACACAGUCUGGUCAGUGCUCAGUGGCCGCAGAGCACAAGGAUCAUCCUUGGCUUUAACACUCUGGCCAACUCCAUCGGAGAGCUCCACCGCCAGAGAAGAAGAAUUCUGGCCAAGGUAUUCAGUCACUCUGCUCUGGACAGCUACAUUCCUCGGAUCCAGCAGGUGGUGCGCAGUCGGAUCCGGGGCUGGUGUGGAGAGCGAGGUGCAGUGACUGUCUACCCGGCCACCAAAGCCCUGACCUUCCGCAUUGCCAUUCGGAUCCUCCUCGGGCUGCGGGCCACCGACCAGCAGCUCACUCACCUCGCCGACAUCUUCGAGCAGCUGAUGGACAACAUUUUUUCGCUGCCCCUGGACAUUCCCUUCAGCGGUCUGCGCAAGGGUAUCAAAGCACGCGAUACACUGCACGAAUAUCUGGAGAAAGCAAUUAUAGAGAAGCUACAGAAAAAUAGUUCAGGCGAUUACCCAGAUGCAUUGGAUUUUAUGCUGAACAGCGCCAGAGAGCAUGGAAAAGAGCUCAGCCUUCAGGAACUAAAGGAAUCUGCUGUCGAGUUGAUCUUUGCUGCUUUCGCCACCACGGCCAGUGCCAGCACAUCACUGAUGCUCCAGCUGCUCCAGAAUGGUCAGGUCCUAGAGAAAAUGAGACAGGAAUUGGAACAGCAUGGUUUGAUCCGGGAUUGCGAAUGGCAUCAAUUCCUCACCACCCAGGAUAAAAUUACUCUCCACAAGGACAGUCAACAGUCCUCCAGUACUCCAGGCAAUAUCACAACUCACCAAAGAACCAUGGUCCUGGGGAAACGGACUCAGGAUGAAAACUGCCACCAAUCUUCCUUCAACCAGGAGAACCAAAACCGGGACAGGGUUUGCCAUCAACACACUGCCUCCUCAAAUAGAAUGGCGCAGGAUAAGGAGUGCCAACAAAUAUACAUCAGCGAAGAGGAAGGAAUUGAGGAUAAAGGGAACUUGCAAUCCCACCACACACUGGAUAGUGAUGGUCAGCAAGACCCUCUCUCACAGGGGAAGGGGACAGAGAGUGAGAGAUGUCAGGUGUCCCAGGACUGUGAGUGCCAACGCUAUCUGAGGCUGGAAACCUUGAGUCGUCUGCGCUAUCUCGACUGUGUGAUCAAGGAGGUGUUGAGGCUGCUUCCCCCGGUUUCUGGGGGCUACAGGACAGCACUGCAAACCUUCGAAUUAGAUGGGUGCCAGAUUCCCAAAGGUUGGAAUAUUAUAUACAGCAUCCGUGACACACAAGAAACUGCUGCUGUCUUCCUGAAUCCUGACACAUUUGAUCCUGAUCGUUUUGGACCAGAGAGGGAUGAGAACAAAAAAGGGCGAUUUAAUUACAUACCCUUUGGAGCAGGCGUUCGGAGCUGCAUAGGCAAAGAGCUGGCACAAGUGAUCCUGAAAAUUCUGGCAAUUGAAUUAACCAGUGCAGCUAGGUGGGAAUUGGCGACUGCCACCUACCCUAAGAUGCAGACUGUUCCUGUUGUGCACCCUGUGGAUGGGCUGAAAGUUAGAUUUCAUUGUGUGGAUGCAAAGGGAAACAAAUUGCCCACAGAGGAAUAAUAUCCUCAAACACUGGCAACAGGUAAAGCAGUGCAAAAUGCAUUCCAUUCUGUGACUCGUCAUGAAUCUUAUGGUGAUUUCAAAUAAAUCAUCUUCAUCAUGGGACAUUUUUGCCACUCUUCACUUAAGGAGGAUGUUGGUCACCAUUUCUUGAGUGGCAUCAAGAUUGCCCCAAAAAGCUGCUGCCACUCUCAACUGAUUACAGAAUCAUGUAGCCAUUUUUAGUAUUCAAUUUUUAAUGCUAGAAUGAAA